UGGCAAAUACAAGCAUUGUUGUCUGCCCUUUGUGAUAAGCAGUGCUGUUCUGGCUUUUUGUAGUCAUUUUCAUACUCACCUGCUGACUUUGCAUGAAAAAUGCUACAGUUUAAACCCCUGCAGUGUCUGAAGACUUGUGAUUUCUUUCAGAGCUCAGAUGGGUCCCUCUCUGAUGUUGUGCAGAAAUGGAAGGAGUAUCAGCUCCAGUGCCAGAAGUACUUGUAUGAGACACCCCACAUUGUGGCAGAAGGCAAGUUCUGCAACAGAACAUUUGAUGAUUAUGCCUGCUGGCCAGAUGGACUGCCUGGCACCUAUGUGAAUGUGAGCUGCCCCUGGUAUCUUCCCUGGGCUAAUGCUGUGCUGCAUGGGCAGGUGUACCGCUUCUGCACCUUGGAGGGGACCUGGCUGCUGAAGGAGAAUUCAACCCUGCCCUGGAGGAACCUCUCUGAGUGUGAGCCCUCUGACCAGGAUGCACCAGAAGAACAGCUCCUGAAUUUGUCCAUCAUAUACACCAUUGGAUAUGCUCUUUCCUUCUCUGCCCUUGUAAUAGCAACUGCCAUUCUUCUUGGAUUCAGACAUCUGCAUUGCACAAGGAAUUACAUUCACCUGAACCUCUUCGCCUCUUUUAUCCUCCGGGCUAUAUCUGUUUUCAUUAAAGACUCAGUGGUGAAAUGGAUGUACAGCACAGCCACACAAGAGUACCAGUGGGAAGGACUUAUAGCCUUCCAGGAAUCACUCAGCUGCCGUUUGGUCUUUGUGAUGAUGCAGUAUUGUGUGGCUGCAAAUUACUACUGGCUGCUGGUGGAAGGCAUGUACCUGUACACACUGCUGGUACUUUCGGUCUUCUCUGAGCAGAGGAUUUUCCACAUCUAUCUCUGCAUUGGUUGGGGUGUGCCAAUGCUGUUUGUUAUCCUCUGGGGAACUGUCAAGUACCUUUAUGAGGAUGAGGGUUGCUGGACUAGAAACUAUAACAUGAAUUACUGGCUGAUCAUCAGACUGCCCAUCCUCAUCGCCAUUGGGGUGAAUUUCCUUAUCUUCAUCAGAGUUAUAUGCAUCAUCGUCUCCAAACUGCAGGCUAAUUUGAUGUGCAAAACUGACAUAAAAUGCAGAUUGGCCAAGUCUACGCUGACUCUGAUCCCACUGCUGGGGACCCAUGAGGUCAUCUUUGCCUUUAUUACUGACGAGCAUGCCAGAGGGAUGCUGCGCUUUGUGAAGCUUUUUACUGAGCUCUCCUUUGCUUCAUUCCAGGGGCUGAUGGUUGCAAUUCUUUACUGUUUCAUCAAUAAUGAGGUUCAGAUGGAGUUUCGGAAAAGCUGGGAGCGCUGGAGACUGGAACACUUGUAUGUCCAGAGAGACAGCAGUAUGAAACCUCUGAAGUGUCCGGCCAACAGCAUCAGCAGUGGGGGCACAGUAGGCAGCAGUGUCUAUGCUGCCACUUGUCAGGCCACAUUCAGCUGAGAUUUCUGCAGGUGAAUCAGACUGAAAGCAAUGAACUGUAUAAUGUACCUGAAAACACUUAAAUACCCAAGCAAGUGGCUUAAGUUUGUCAUCUCCAGCAAGAAACUUAAGCAUGUGCGGCUCAUCGCCCGCAGGCUGUUGGACAGAGGUUUCUAGGGAAAGCAAUCUGCUAAUGUAAUCAACACAU